CUUUUUAAUAUUGAAUUGUACCUAUUAUAAAAAAUAAGUAAGUAGGUAUACUGGUUUAAUAGGUGCUAUUAAACCGGUCACGUACUAAUAAAUCCCCCAAUAAUAUAAAUUCAUUUGUUUUUGGUGCAAAUUUUAGUGUUUCGUAGCAGGUUUUUAAAAUUUCUAAAGCUUAUUGUAUAUCAUCUAACAAUGGAUACUUUAGAUAAUACGUUUUCCUACAUUCUGAAUUAUAAUAACUAUAUCGAAGAUGAUGUGGUUCGCGCAUUUCAUGAAAAGUUACUUCGGUGCACAUCAUUUAGACCGCGUGAGCUAGAAUUAUUUCAACACCCUGAACUGAUUGAACCUGUACCUAAAAAUGAGACGCACCUUCAAGUAAUUUAUGACGGUGACGUGGGAUUAGUGGGGCACUGGAGUUGUAUUUAUUACAUUAAUGGAAUACUGCGUGUGUACGAUAGUCUUGUUGGUGUUCUAGGAAAAUCGCAAAAAAUAUAUGUAAAAGCCUUGUUUCCGUAUCUAUCGGAGUCAUGUAUUCAGUUUCCAAGUGUUCAGCGACAACCGAAUACUAUUGAUUGUGGUUUGUUUGCCAUUGCUUUUGCCACCUCUUUAGCUUUAAAAACGAACCCUUCUCAAUUUAAUUACGUGCCAGAAAUGAUGAGACCCCAUUUGCUUGAAAUGCUUUUAACCGAUGGGCUUUUGGCUUUUCCCGCUACGAGCAGGCGUUCACCAGGACGUGCCCCUUCUAAUCUUUUCAAUAAUAUAGCCCUUAAACUGGAGACAAAUAAACAGAAACAGACUGAAAAGAAACAGAAACACCGUUCACAAAAUUCAAUAACAUCCCACAGUCAGAACGAUAACUUAAAUUUUAAUCAGAAUUACGAGUAUGUUAUGGAGGAAACACAGAGCAUAGCGAAUAACUGUACUACUAUGGACGCGAAACGUAUAAAACAAAACAAUAGAGAUAGAAAGAGGCUGUCCAGAUCUAAUAAAGAUGUUUCAAUUAGAGAAAAAGAGAGGAACCAAGUCGCUAAAGAGGUUCUUAGGUCCAACAAACGAAAAAAGUGUCAUGAACAGGUAGUGAAUAGUUCUCUUCGCCGAAGCAAACGUUUAAAUCUAGAAAUAAGGCAAGUUGAGCAAGAACGCGACACUGAAGCUCAUCGAGCUGCCCGUCAAGAUGACGAGUACAGACGAGAUGAGCAACAGCGUAAUACUCAAGCUCAUCGGGUAGCUCGAACGGAUGUCCGAUAUCGACAAGCUGAGCAAGAGCGCGACACUGAAGCUCAUCGAGCUGCUCGUCAAGAUGACGAGUACAGACGAGAUGAGCAACAGCGUAACACUCAAGCGCAUCGAGUAGCUCGAAUGGAUGUCGAAUUUAGAGAAGCUGAGCAAGAGCGCGACACUGAAGCUCAUCGAGCUGCUCGUCAAGAUGACGAGUACAGACGAGAUGAGCAACAGCGUAACACUCAAGCGCAUCGAGUAGCUCGAAUGGAUGUCGAAUUUAGAGAAGCUGAGCAAGAGCGCGACACUGAAGCUCAUCGAGCUGCUCGUCAAGAUGACGAGUACAGACGAGAUGAGCAACAGCGUAACACUCAAGCGCAUCGAGUAGCUCGAAUGGAUGUCGAAUUUAGAGAAGCUGAGCAAGAGCGCGACACACACGCUCGUCGUGUUACUCGAGAAAACGAGGAAUAUAGACGAAAUGAACAGAUGCGAAACAGUGCUGCUAGACAAGAAUUACGAUCGAAGCAAAAAGAUUCAUGGGACUUAACUGUACAAAAUUAUUUAAAAAAUAUUAAGGAAGGAAACACGCAUCCUUGCCACUGCUGCGGUAAUGAUCCUGAAAAUGAAACUAGAUGUACAUGCGAUGCCGAUGCUAUCGACGAAGAGACUGUAGAUUCUACGGAAGGUGUUGAACUUAACCCAGGAGGUACAGAAACACUUUUGGAUAACAAUCAGGAUGUUAUAGUACUGGCUCCCGGUGAAGGACAGCGCCCUAUCUCUUUAUUAUUUGAUGAGCAUUUAGAGGAAGAGCACGUGGGAUCUGCGAUGAACAACACCUGGGUGCUGAGCUUCAACAUGUUAAGCAAGUACUGCACGACAACAAGCUCCGAGUACCGCGCCCUCGUCGCAGAACCCGCGUGA